AUGGCUAUAGAGAUUGAGCAACCUUCUUCUGUUGAGCUAUCAAGAGUUGCAGUUUCUGAAACUCAUGGGGAAAACUCUCCAUAUUUUGCUGGCUGGAAAGCUUACGAUGAAGAUCCUUAUGAUGAAUCAAGUAACCCAUCGGGGGUGAUACAGAUGGGAUUGGCUGAAAAUCAAGUUUCAUUCGAUUUGCUAGAAGAUUACUUGGAACAACAUUCAGAAGCAUCUACAUGGGGGAAAGGAGCACCGGGAUUUAGAGAAAAUGCCUUGUUCCAAGAUUAUCAUGGACUUCUAUCAUUCAGACAGGCGAUGGCGAGUUUCAUGGAGCAAAUAAGAGGUGGAAGGGCGAAAUUUGAUCCUAAUAGAGUUGUCCUCACCGCCGGUGCCACUGCCGCCAAUGAGCUAUUAACAUUCAUUUUAGCUGAUCCUGGUGACGCUUUGCUGGUUCCAACUCCGUACUAUCCAGGAUUUGACAGAGAUUUAAGGUGGAGGACGCGGGUGAAAAUUCUCCCAAUCCAUUGUGACAGCUCAAACAAUUUCCAAAUUACUCUUCAAGCAAUGGAAGCUGCAUUUGAAGAAGCAGAAGCCAUGAACACAAAAGUUAGAGGUGUUUUGAUAACCAAUCCAUCAAACCCAUUAGGUGCAACAAUCCAACGCACAGUUCUCGAAGAGAUUCUUGAUUUUGUAACCCGCAAAAACAUCCAUCUCGUCUCAGAUGAAAUCUACUCAGGCUCAGCUUUCUCCUCGUCCGAUUUCAUAAGCAUUGCUGAAAUUCUUGAAUCCCGUCAAUACAAAAAUUCUGAAAGAGUUCAUAUUGUUUACAGUCUUUCUAAAGAUCUCGGCCUCCCGGGUUUUAGAGUUGGAACGAUAUAUUCGUACAACGAUAAAGUUGUCACUACGGCAAGGAGGAUGUCGAGCUUCACUCUUAUUUCCUCUCAAACACAACAUCUCUUAGCUUCAAUGCUGGCUGACAAGGAAUUCACUGAGAAUUAUAUCAACAUAAACAGAGAGAGACUGAAGGAGAGAUACGAAAUGAUCAUUCAAGGGCUAAAGAGAGCCGGGAUUGAGUGUUUGAAAGGAAAUGCGGGGCUGUUUUGCUGGAUGAAUCUGAGCCCAUUGUUGGAAGAACAAACGAGAGACGGUGAAUUGGCUCUUUGGAACUCUAUGCUGUGUGAAGUGAAGCUAAAUAUUUCACCAGGGUCUUCUUGCCAUUGCUCUGAGCCAGGAUGGUUCAGGGUUUGCUUUGCAAACAUGAGUGAGAAGACACUGGAAAUUGCUUUAAAAAGAAUACAUGGUUUCAUGCAACACAGAGAAAGAAAAUGA